AGAGCGAAGAAGUGUACCAGCGCCAGGUGCUGUCUAUCUCCUGUAUCGUCUUUGGCAUAGUCGUAGUGGGCAUGCUUUGUGCAGCGUUCUACUUCAAAACAAAGAAACAAACAAAGCAAAUUCAUGAGCAGCUGAAAGAAACACAGAAUAGGAAAACCUACAGCCUGAAUGCUUCCAGCAUGAUGGCAAAGUCAGAGUGUAUGGCACAAAGCCGAGUCCAGCUGCAAAAUUACUCAAAACCAGAUAGGCAUCCUGGGCCUAUUUUGGACAAAGUUAUGGAGUCUAGUUUUUCAGGCCCUCAGUCUUUCCCAGAGGCCUUGUCUCCUGACAGAGGAAACCAGCCCACCAAGCAACAUAGAAGUCUCUCUUCAUGCUGCAGCCCAGGACAAAAAAGUGGGAUGCUACACAGAAAUACUUUUCGGCGGACUCCUCCCUUACCUCGGGGUAGGUUCAAUGGGAUUACAGGACCAGCAUAUCAACAGCUAGAAGAGUCAAGGAUCACAGAUCAGGACGCAAUACCUUGUCAUGGGUAUUCAUCCAGUGGUUUAAAAACUCCUCAGAAUACUUCAAUAAAUAUGCAACUGCCUUCAAGAGAGACACCACCUUAUUUUAAUAACGUGGAUCAGAAGGACUUAGUCGGCUACUCAUCUUCAAGGGCCAACUCCGUCCCCAUCAUCCCAUCUGUGGGCUUGGACGAAGCCUGCAUGCAAAUGCAAAAUGUUUCUGAAGUAACAGGCAUCAAAUGGUGCAAAAACUCCUAUUCAGCUGAACUUGUCAAUGUGAGUUCCCCAGUCAGUAAUUGUCUUAUAGCAGAACAACACGAAGUGAAAAUAUUGCUAGAAACUGUGCAGGAGCAGAUUCGAAUUCUGACGGACGCGAGGCGGUUGGAGGACUAUGAACUGGCAAGCGUAGAAGCAGAGAGCAGCGCAAGUGAAAACACAGCCUUUCUGCCUAUGAGCCCCAUGGCCAAGUCAGAGCGAGAGGCACAAUUUGUCUUAAAAAGCGAAACGCAAAGAGACUCGGUAUUGACCAAGUGA